CGGCUCUACUCGGGGUGGCUCUCUCCCGUCAACGGAUUCGUCAUUAUGGGUAUUCGGGUUUCUUUGAUCGGGAUUCAUUAUCUUCUGUCUGCGGUGUUCUCUGCUAUUCGUCAUCGGAUCCGUAACUAUUCAGUGCCUCUCUCUCUACUCUCUACUCCUAUUCCGUGCUCUCUAUAUACUCAGAACUACUAGUAGGGGUCACGGUGAAAGGAUAGUGCGCAAUGGGGGUAGGGGGUGUUGGGGCGCACUUAAAUGGGGGGGGGACUGUUGUAGUGAUUUUAGUGAAGGAAAGGGAUUGAUGGGGUUUGUUAAGGAGGGGGGUAGGGAGGAGGGGAGGGGGUAGGAGAGGGAAGAAGGGGUGUGCAUGGAGGAUGAUUAGGGGGGUAAGGGGUAGUUUCGCGAGGUGGUGGUAUAAAGGAGCGGUGGUGGGUGUAGAUGGGGGGGGGAGGGAGAAAAGCGGGUGUGAGAGGGAAUUGGGUGGAGUGGAUGAGAGGACGAAAAGGAUGAGUUCUGCAGCAGUUGGAAUCAAGGGAAUUGCUGGAGGGGGGGCUGCGGUUAUUUUUCGGAGUUUUUGGUAGGGUUGUGUUGGGGGGGGGGGGGGGUGAGUGUUGGGGGGGUAUGGAAGGGAUUUUGGAUAUGCGACUGAAAGGAGUGGGGUGAGUAAAGGGCGGCAGGAGAUAGAAGGGUGAUGAUGAAGGAGAUAGGGUAGGUGGUGUGCUUCAGGGGAUAAGUUACUGGCUGGGUGUUGGGGGUGAUGGUAGGGGAGGGGUGGGUGUGAAAGGAGUAUGGGCAGGGGUUGGUAGGACAGUGGGGGGGGGUGGGCGGUGUUGGGGCUGUCGGUGGGGGGGGUGUUGUGGGUGGAUGUGGUGGGAAAUGGUGGGUGUUUGAAGAGUUAGUGUGAGUAGGGGGGGAUGAAGUUGGUGUAGUUGGGGUGGGAGGAGAGAGGAAAGGGGAUAGGGUAUAGGGAGUUAUGAGGAUGGUAGGGGUGAUUAAGGGUGUGGGAGUGGGGAUGUAAAGGAAGGGGUGCGAAGGGAAUUAUGAGGGAGAUAGGAAAAAAUGAGUGGGGGGAAGUCUGACGUGUGGGCUGAAAGGACGUCAGGGAGGCGUAUGAGUAGUAGAGUCGGGCGCGUUGGUAUGGCCUCUCAACUAAUAACAAAUUUAUACAUAAGUAUGAAAUAAAUACGUCCUUCUUUAGCAAUUGGAAAUUAAUGCAAUCCCAAUAGAAUUGAACUUCCAUUAAAUAUUCCAGGGUCUUAGAUGAUAUAAACUACAUUUGUCCAUAUGAUUAUUUUGACCCAGUACAGACCUGAUAAACAUUUUAAAUAAUUGCCUAAAAGGACAGGCAAAUUUAACCAUGUCCUCCCUUUAGAGAUUCCCAUACUGUUUUAAAUUAGAGUGUAGUUUCAAACCUCAAGGAGCAUUUUAUUUUAAGCUUGGUAGAGCCAUGGGUGAGAGUAGGACAUGUGGUGCGCAAUGUGAAUUUCCUUUUCUUUUGGCUUCGAGACCAAUCCCUACUUCUCACUAACAAACAUAGUUUUUUGGUUUUUAUUAUAUUAAUGGAUAUUAUAUAAAAAGCGCAAUCAAGAGAUACAGUAUGAUGUAUUUGUUUUUGGUUCUUCAUCUUUCCACAGACUUUGUGAGGCCCUGAGAAGAGGAUACACCAUGAUCAACACAUCAAGAUUUGAAUUGUUCUCGCCCCAGCACCCUCCCUCUAGAACUGGAGCCAUAUAAUACUACUACACACCCUGUAAACACCCGGACUAAAUGAUCUGACAGAGGAACUCUGAACGCAUCGACUUUCUUUUCCCUUCCCUCCUUCUCUUAUUUAUUCUCUCAAUCAUGCCGUAUUGAGGUCUAGAGACACCUCAAUUAGGUGAGAGUCCUGUCUUCAUAAGGGGAGCCGUUAGAAAACAUAAGUCUUUUGUUGAAUAGACAUGUGAAUACUAAUUUUUUACUGCCGCCUACAGUACAUAAGUAGCUAAUUGGCACCUGAGUCGAAUCAGCGAUCUCUUGGGUAACGUUCUGAUGACAUAGUUCCCUAUUUUACGUUCUCUUGGGCGGGUUUGGUUUAUGUUUGAUGCACAGAAAAUAGGAGAUUUGAUCAAAGCAAAGACAAGAAAACUCUGGAAGACAAGAGCAGGCACAAAGUGAAAAAGAACUAAAUAAAUUAACUAUGCAACUACAACAUCGCGUUAUUCUAACACUGACUGCGGUUUUAAACUACAACAUGCGUUGUCUGACACUGACUGCAGGUUUUAAACUACAAACCUGCGUUGUCUGACACUGACUGCCAGGUUUUAAACUACACCAAGCGUUGUCUGAACCUGACUGCAGGUUUUAAACACCAACAUAGCGUUGUCUGAACACUGACUUCAGGUUUUAAACUACAACAUAGCGUUGUCUGAACACUGACUGCAGGUUUAAACUACAACAUCAGGUUGUCUGAACACUGACUUGCCAGUUUUAAACUACAACAUAGCCGUUGUCUGAACACUGACUGCAUGUUUUAAACUACAACAAUCUCGUGUCUGACACUGACUGCAGUUUUUAAACUACAACUUAGCUUUGUCUGAACAUUGACUGUUCGUUUUAAACUACACAUAGCUUGUCGAACCUGAACUGCGAUUUUAAACUACAGAUAGCAUUGGCUGACCGACUUCGAUUUUACUACAACAUCAGCUUGUUGACCUGACUGCAGGUUUUAAAGCUGAAAUCCUGCUCCCUCACCUCCCUUUCCCUUCGUCUCCCCUCUCCCUUUAUUUUUUCCUCUCUCCCUUCGUCUCACCCCUUCUCCUGUUUGUUCCUCUCUUCCCCGUCAUCCCCCUCUCCCAUGUUUGUUCCUCUCUUCUCUUCUCUCCCCCUCUCUCCUUUUGUUCCUCUCUUCGCUUCGUCAUCGAUCUCUUCCUUUUCUCUCCCACAUCUACCCAUGUUGUCUCAACGGACCCUCUCCUCUUUGCUGCUGACACCUUUGCCUAGUCUGAGAGCCACCACAUACAAAAGCACCAAACCUCUCAUACCUUCCUUCCAAUCUUUCUAUUCUGUCUAUCAUAGUGCACCCUGGCACCUUUACUAUUCCGUCUAAGGGGAGGAGUAUUUUCUGCCCCUGCCCGCUCUCGGUUCAGCCGUCCCCCGGAAUCGUGCCAUCGAGCCGCCAUGGUCGUUGCCAUGGUCCUACUCCUCCUGCUCGCCUUAUCCCCCUUUGUUCCCACAUCACCAAAGGGGGAGGCGCUAAACCACUAGGAAGUGGCGCGGGGGACCCAUUAUGAGAUUGCUGGGGAGCUGCAGAAUGGCUGUGACCCGUUUUAAAUAAUAGUAACUGCCCAACCAGGCCAGGAGCUGACAAGCCAUGUCCCCCCAACCGGAAUAACCCUGGGAGGAAGAAAACGGGGUUACCGCGGGGUCCCUGGGAUCCCUGGUCCUCCAGGCGCCGAGACCCCCAGGGGAAUCAGGCAAGCCCAGGCCACCAGGGGCCUCCCGCCCUGGACCUAAUGGUUAUGCCCCUCCUUCUACAGCCCCAGAUGCCUUGUUUUCAGGGCUAAGGAAACAGCACUAGGCAGCAGGUGUUAAGUUUGAUGAUGUGGUGACCAAUGUAGGGAACUACUGUGAGCCUAUACUGGGGGAAUUUCCUGUCCUCUACCGGUAUCUACUUCUUCACCUACCAUGUUCUGAUGAGGGGCGAGACGGGAACCAGCAUUUGGGCUGACCUGAAGAAGACACAAGUAGGAGAGAGUGUGUGUGUGUUGUCGUAUGUAAUAGAUGUAUGUGUUUGGGGUGUGUCUGGACUGCGUUUGUUCAAAACACAUCUCCAUUGACCUCACCUCUGAGCAGUGUUUAAAGUGGUGUUACGCAUCGGGUUUGUAGUUUUUUUACUUUUCUAAAAUGUAGUCCGUUCACAGUUACUAGUUACCUGUCCAACAUUGUAAUCAUUACUCACUUUUGAUUACCCAAACUCAGUAACAUAGAUCUGACUAUUUUCAGUUUAUUUUGGGAUUACUUUUCCCUUAAGAGGCCUUAGAAGAGACAAACGGAUCCAGCAAAUGCUUGUGUGACAUCAUAGUGAUCUCUGUCUGUGAUCGCUCCGUUGGAACAAACUUACACUUUUUCACCGGCAAGCAGAAGGAUGUCAUAAUUAAUUUUUUAUGCAACACUGUUCUAAUUACGAAAAUAUCAUCUAGUUUCAAAAGUCGUUGUAAUCUGAUUUACAAUAUUUUUGAACUUGUACCACGUAACUGAUUACCGUUACAGUUUAAAAAAAGAUCGCGAUUACAAUUUAAAUCAUGUUAUCCCCAACCCUGUACGCAGGUACAGUGGAGAAAGUAUUUAGUCAUCCCCCCAAUUGUUUUGCAAGUUCUCCCACUUAAAAAGCUGAGAGAGGCCCUGUUUUCAUCAUAGGUACACGUCAAACUAUUACAGACCAAAAAUGAGAAAAAAACUUCCAGAAAUCACAUUGUAUGCUAUUUAAUGAUUUAUUUUGCAAAUUAUGUGGAAAUAAGUAUUUGGUCAAUACAAGUUUCCUCACUACUUUGUUAUAUACCCUUUGUUGGCAUGACCCAGGUCAACGUUUGCGUAGUCUUCAACAAGUUUUCCACCACUGUUUGCUGGUAUUUUGGCCCAUUCCUCCAUUCAGAUCUCCGCUAAGCAGUGAUGUUUUUGGGGCUGUCGCUGGGCAACACGGACUUUCAACUCCUCCAAAGAUUUUCUAUGGGGUUGAAUCUGGAGACUGGCUAGCCCUCAGGACCUUAAAUGCUUCUUACGAAGCCACUCCUUCGUUGCCCGGGCGGUGUGUUUGGGAUCAUUGUCAUGCUGAAAGACCCAGCCACGUUUCAUCUUCAAUGCCUUGCUAUGGAAGGAUGUCUCCUCCACUCACAUCUCACAUACCUGGCCCCCAUUCAAUUCUUUCCUUUGCCUGUCAGUCGCCUUUCCCUUGGGCAAAACAGCCCCAAAGCUGAGUUCCCCCCAUGGCUUCACAUUAGGUAUGGUGUUCUUUGAUGCACUCAGCAUUCUUUGUCCUCACAGAACACGACGAGUUGAGUUUUUACCAAAGUUUAUUUUGGGUUUCCAAUCCUACCAUAGACAUUCUCCAAUCCUCUUCUGGAUCAUCCAAGCACUUAGCAAACUUCAGCACGGGCUCUGGACAUGUCUGGCUUAAGCAGGGGGACCACGCGGCACUGCAGGAUUUGCGUCCCUGGCGCGUAGUGUGUUUCAGAUGAUGGUAGGCUUUGUUACUUUUGGUCCGCUCUCUGCGGUCCUUCACUAGGUCUCCCCCGUGUGUUAUGGGAUUUUGCUCACCGGUCUUGUGAUCAUUUUGACCCCACGAGGUGGUCCUUGCGUGGAAAGGCCCCAGAUCGAGGGAGAUUAAUUCAGUGUUCUUGUAUUAUCUUCAUUUCCUAAAAUUUGCUCACAGUGUGAUUUCUUCAAACCAGCUGUCUUACCUAUUGCAGAUUCAUCUUCCCAGUCCUGGUGCAUCUACACAUUUUUGUUUCUGGUGUCACUUUGGAACAGCUCUUUGGUCUUGGCCAUAGUGGAGUUUGGAGUGUACUGUUUGGUUGUGGACAGUGUCCUUUUCUACUGAUAACAAUUAAAAGGUGCCUUAAUACAGGCACGAUUGGAGGACAGGAGUCCUCUUAAGAAAAGUUUACAGGUCGUGAGAGCCAGAAAUCUUGCUUUUUGUAGGUGACCCAAUCUUAAUUUUCCACCAUAAUUUGCAAAUCCAUUCCAUAAAAAUCCUACAAUGUGAAUUUUCUGGAUAUGUUUUUGCUCAAUUUUCUGUCAUGUUGACCGUGUACCUAUGAUGAAAAUUAAGGCCUCUCUAUCUUUUUAAGUCUCGGAGAACUUGCACAAUGGUGGCUGAACAUAAAUCCUUUUAUUAUGCCAUGUGCCCACUUAUUUAUCAUGGGCAUUGCAUAUACUCACUUCUAAUCCCCACAAUGCAUAUAAAAAGUAUCGUAAGUGGAGGUAUACGCCGAUCAAGAUCAGGCUGAUAGGAACGGAUCAAAAUGUUUAGCUUCACCUGUGAUAACUAUUAUUUUCUUCACCUUUUCAGUGCGCGAUGUGGCACCCAUUGGUAGGCCUAUGCGCCAAUGUUCGCAAAAGGCAAUUUGCGGAAAACCUGUUCUACUGCACAAUGCAAACGGUUUCAUGAUGGGAACUCGUUAUAAAAAGAAAAAACAAGAAAUAUGAAAAGGGAGAAAAUGCAACACUAUCAUGGUUUCAUCUGCCCACGCUACCUUUUGGCUACUCAACGUGAAAGAAAGUUUAAAGAAAACCACAGAACAGGAGAACGCACUAUCCAUAUUGCCUCCCCUUUUCUAUGGGGUUAUUUUUUGGCUAUUGGCUACUUUGAAGCAAGUUAAGACAUGCCUCAUAAUAUGAUUAAAGCGUCAGGUUUCAAACAUUAAGAACGGAAAAUAUAGCAAUCUAAUGAUAGGCCUACCAUUUCUGGUAGAUGGACACGCCUUCCCAAAAACAUCAAUUAAAUGUAAGUGCUACAAGUAAGUCUAUGCUUGCUUGGCAGAAUGAUAUAAUUUAUUUGCAUGAAUCCAUGAAUCUCAUGUGCUACAGAAACACUGCUAACCAAACAACAUUGCUAGGUGCCUGCACUACAUUUAUUAGAUUUUUUCCCAGCCCUCAAAAGUGGUCUCCUGUGUGGUUUACCAUAUUGUUUGUGGCAUUCGAACUUGAUUUUCUUGUUUUUCAACAACAAAAAAGUGUGACAGAGCGAAAACCUAAAUAAAUAAAGACAACAACGAACCUGUUCGAUUUUACUUUUUCCCUUAUUAUUAUAAUUACGUAUAAUAUAGGGAGCGCAAAUACAGUGUGUGUGUGUGUGUGUGUGUGUGUGUGUGUGUGUGUGUGUGUGUGUGUAAGAGAAGAACAAUUCUCUGGGUGUCUCAGUAUCUCUUCCUAAUGAGGCCUGAUAGCGAGGGAAAGCGACGUGUGUGUGUGUGUGUGUGUGUGUGUGUGUGUGUGUUGUGUGGUGUGUGUGUGUUGUGUGUCACGCAGACAAUAGUCUAGGGAACAUUUAGUGUCUUCUCUCAAUUCCUCUCUACGUACUACAACAAAAGAUCAUUCAUUUCCCCAUAGGCUGUGGCCAACGAGCCAUGGCGGAGUGUUAGUGCCUCGCUUAUUGUCUACGAUUGUGCUCUUUCAUGAUUGCCGUACAAAGAAAACAGCUUAGACUAUUGCUUAAACUAUUAUAUCCUUUGAUAAUUUGUGCCUAGCUCAAUUGCUCAACUCAGAUUUUGUAACACAAAUAUGCUUUCAUAAAUGGAACAGCAGGGUAAGAGAGAGUAGCUGAGAGAGGUAUAAAAAGAUAAGCACAUUGAGAUUGAUGUCUCCUAGCCCAUUGACUCAGUAGGUAAGGGAGUUUAGACGAGAAGUAGAGAAGAGAGUCCUAGAGGAAGAGGAAGGAGAGAGAGAGAAGGAGAGAGAUGAGAGAGAGAGAGGAGAGAGAGAGAGAGGAGAGAGGAGAGAGAGGAGAGAGAGGAGAGAGAGAGGGGAGAGAGAGAGAAGGGAGAGGAGAGAGAGAGAGAGAGAUCUUACAGGUGUUAUAGCCUACAUGCAGAGGGAGUGGGAUAUUUUUCAAGGCGGUUUGUUGGAAAAAAUCAGUUCCUUAAAGUGAUGAGGUUUUUACAAACCCGAGGCUGCUUAACAGAUACUUGGACUACAACAAGCUAACAAGGGCAAAACAAACAAGUCGUUAGGCUACAUUUCUAGCAGGUUCGGGUUGGUUAUUUCCGUAUUUUCUUGAAAUCUAUUUUGGACUUUAUAGUAGCUUAGCUGUACUGACCCUCAGUCGAAACGGGUCAUCAAUUGGUCCUCUGUAGCUCAAUUGGUAGAGCAUGGCACUUGUAACGCUUGUAACGCCAGGGUAGUUGGUUCGAUCCCCAGGACCACCCAUACGUAAAAAUGUAUGCACACAUGACUGUAAGUCGCUUUGGAUAAAAGCGUCUGCUAAAUGGCAUAUUAUUUUAUUAUCACUAGCUUCUAUAGCCACAAAGUCAUAAACCCCUCCCAUUUCUACAAUUUAUCUUCUUAAAAUGUGAUUUUAAACCUAACCCUAAACUUAACCACACUGCUAAACAUAUGCCUAACCCUAACCUUAAAUAAAGAUCAAAAAACAAAAAUGUUUUUCCAAUUUUGACUUUGUGGCUGUGGAAUCUGACUUUGUGACUGUGGAAUCUGAAUUUGUGGCUUUAGAAGCUGGUGGAAACCGGUUGAAAGGGGAAAUUACCGUAGAGGUGGUGGUGAGAAAAAGUGAUUGCUGUUUCUUUCUCGUCUCUUCCCGGGCAUCUCCUGCUUAAAAAGUAUGCGCGCCUCUCGGCUAUUCAUUUGGCACGCUCUCACAGAUUGUCUGCAGGAGGAUUCGUACCUGGAUAUACUCGAGUCAAAGACGCCUGAUGGAGAAAUCUUCUUGAGUUUAGUUUCACUAUAAUAGGAAAACAGACAGAGUGAGUAAAAUUACUGUGCAAUGCAUGCUUUUCGUUUUUGUGUGUCGAUUUCCAAGAUUUAUCUUGGAGAGAGACAUGUUUUAACAGUGAUGAUAAAAACUAAUAGAAACAGUCUAGGCUACCUAUAAACUAAUAACAAUUAGAUACAUAAGUAUAUAAUAAAUAACAUUACUUGACAAUUGGAAAUUAAUUCAAUCCCAAUAGAAAAUUGAACUUAAUUAAAUAUUCAGGGAUUCCUUAGGAUGAAUAUAAAACUACAUUUGUCAGAUGAUUGGAUUUUGACCCAGUAAGACCUGAUAAACAUUUUAAAUAAUUGCCUAAAAGGACAGAAAAAUUAAACCAUGUCCUCCAUGUAGAAAUUCCCAGUUGUUUUAAAUUAGAGUGGUCAGUUUCAAACCUCAAGGAGCAUUUUAUUUUUAACUUGGUAGAGCAUGGGUGGAGUAGGCAUUGUGGUGCUCAUGUGAAUUUCCUUUCUUUUUCGGCUUCUGACCAAUCCCUACUUCUCACUUAAAACAUAGUUUUUUGUUUUUAAUUAUAUUAAUGGGACUUGAUAAUAAAAAGCGCAAUCAAGAGAUACAGUAUAUGAAUGUAUUUGUUUUGUUCUUCAUCUUUCCACAGACUUUGUGAGUCCCUGAAGAGAGGAAUACACCAUAGAUCACAAAAUAAAGAUUUGAUUGGUUUCUCGCCCCAGCACCCUCCAUCUAGAACUGGACGCCAUAUAAUACUACUACCACCCUAUAAACACACAGGACUAAAAUGAUUCUGACAGGAAGGGAACUCUGAACGCAUCGACUUUCUUUUCCCUUCUCUUCCUUCUUUUAUUUAUUCUCUCAAUCAUGCCGUAUUGAGCGGAGAGACACCUCUAUUAGGUGAGAGUCUGUCAUUCAUAAGGGGAGCCGUUAGAAAAGCAGAAGUAUUUUGUUGAAUAGACAUGUGAAUUACUAUUUUUUACUGCCGACUACAGUACAUAAGUAGCUGAAUUGGCACCUGAAGUCGAAUCAGCGAUCUCUUGGUAAGUUCUGAUGACAUAAGUUCCCUAUUGUACGUUCUCUUGGGCUGGGUUUGGUUUAUGUUUGAUGCACAGAAAAUAGGAGGAAUUUGAUCAAAGCAAAGACAAGAAAACUCUGGAAGACAAGAGCAGGAAAAAAGGUGAAAAAUAACUAAAUUAAAUGAACUAUGUCAACUACAACAUAGCGUUAUCUGAACACUGACUGCAGGUUUUAAACUACAACAUAGCGUUGUCUGAACACUGACUGUAGGUUUUAAACUACAACAUAGCGUUGUCUGAACACUGACUGCAGGUUUUAAACUACAACAUAGCGCUGUCUGAACACUGACUGCAGGUUUUAAACUACAACAUAGCGUUGUCUGAACACUGACUGCAGGUUUUAAACUACAACAUAGCGUGGUCUGAACACUGACUGCAGGUUUUAAACUACUACAUAGCGCUGUCUGAACACUGACUGCAGGUUUUAAACUACAACAUAGCGUUGUCUGAACACUGACUGCAGGUUUUAAACUACAACAUAGCGUGGUCUGAACACUGACUGCAGGUUUUAAACUACAACAUAGCGUGGUCUGAACACUGACUGCAGGUUUUAAACUACAACAUAGCGUUGUCUGAACACUGACUGCAGGUUUUUAAACUACAACAUAGCGUUGUCUGAACACUGACUGCAGGUUUUAAACUACAACAUAGCGUUGUCUGAACACUGACUGCAGGUUUUAAACUACAACAUAGCGUUGUCUGAACACUGACUGCAGGUUUUAAACUACAACAUAGCGUUGUCUGAACACUGACUGCAGGUUUUAAACUACAACAUAGCGUUGUCUGAAAACUGACUGCAGGUUUUAAACUACAACAUAGAGUUAUCUGAACACUGACUACAGGUUUUAAACUACAACAUAGAGUUAUCUGAACACUGACUACAGGUUUUAAACUACAACAUAGAGUUAUCUGAACACUGACUGCAGGUUUUAAACUACAACAUAGAGUUAUCUGAACACUGACUGCAGGUUUUAAACUACAACAUAGCGUUGUCUGAACAUUGACUGCAGGUUUUAAACUACAACAUAGCGUUGUCUGAACACUGACUGCAGGUUUUAAACUACAACAUAGCGUUGUCUGAACACUGACUGCAGGUUUUAAACUACAACAUAGAGUUAUCUGAACACUUACUGCAGGUUUUAAACUACAACAUAGCGUUGUCUGAACACUGACUGCAGGUUUUAAACUACAACAUAGCGCUGUCUGAACACUGACUGCAGGUUUUAAACUACAACAUAGCGUUGUCUGAACACUGACUGCAUGUUUUAAACUACAACAUAGCGUUGUCUGAACACUGACUGCAGGUUUUAAACUACAACAUAGCGUUGUCUGAACACUGACUGCAGGUUUUAAACUACAACAUAGCGUUGUCUGAACACUGACUGCAGGUUUUAAACUACAACAUAGCGUUGUCUGAACACUGACUGCAGAUUUUAAACUACAAGAUAGCAUUGUCUGAACACUGACUGCAGAUGUCAAACUACAACAUAGCAUUGUCUGAACACUGACUGCAGGUUUUAAAAGAAUGAAAUCCUGCUCCCUCACUAUCCCUUUCCCUUCGUCAUCCCCCUCUCUCCUGUUGUUUCUCUCUUCCCUUUGUCAUCCCCCUCUCUCCUGUUGUUCCUCUCUUCCCUUCGUCAUCCCCCUCUCCCCUGUUGUUCCUCUCUUCUCUUCGUCAUCCCCCUCUCUCCUGUUGUUCCUCUCUUCCCUUCGUCAUCGAUCUCUUCCUUUUCUCUCCCACAUUCUACCCAUGUUGUCUCAACGGACCCUCUCUCUUGGCUGCUGACACCUGUUGGCCUAGUCUGAGAGCACCACAUACAUACAGCAACCAAACCUCUCCAUACCUUCCUUCCAGUCUUUCAUAUUCUGUCUAUCUAUAGUGCACCCUGGCACCCGGUACUAUUCCGUCUAAGGGGGAGGAGGAUUUUCUGACCCUGGCCGCCUCUCGGUUCAGCCGUCGGACGCGUGCCAUCGGAGCCGCCAUGGGCGUGGCCAUGGUCCUACUCCUCCUGAUCGCCAUCCCCCUAUUGGUCCACAUCACCAAAGGGGGAGGAGCUAACCCAGGAAGUGGUGGCGGGGGGACCCAUUAUGAGAUGCUGGGGAGCUGCAGAAUGGUCUGUGACCCGUAUAGUACUGCCCAACCAGGCCAGGAGCUGACAGCCAUGUCCCCCCAACCGGAAUACCCUGGGAGGAAGAAAACGGGGUACCGCGGGGUCCCUGGGAUCCCUGGUCCUCCAGGCGCCCGAGGACCCCCUGGGGAAUCAGGCAAGCCAGGGCCACAGGGGCCUCCCGGCCCUGGACCUAAUGGUUAUGUCCCCUCCUUCUACAGCCCCAAGAUCGCCUUUUAUGCAGGGCUAAGGAAACAGCACGAGGGCAGCGAGGUGUUGAAGUUUGAUGAUGUGGUGACCAAUGUAGGGAACUACUAUGAGCCUAGUACUGGGAAGUUCACCUGUCCUCUACCUGGUAUCUACUUCUUCACCUACCAUGUUCUGAUGAGGGGCGGAGACGGGACCAGCAUGUGGGCUGACCUGAAGAAGAACGGACAGGUAGGAGAGAGUGUGUGUGGUGUGUGUAUGUAUAUAUGUAUGUGUUUGUGUGUGUGUCUGUGUACAUGCGUUUGUUCAAACAACACAUCUCCAUUGACCAUCACCUCUGAGCAGUGGUGUAGUGGAGGGUAUACGCAGGCAGGGUUGUGUAGGUUACUUUCUAAAUGUAGUCCGUUACAGUUACUAGUUACCUGUCCAACAUUGUAAUCAGUAACAUCACUUUUGGAUUACCCAAACUCAGUAACAUAAUCUGACUAUUUUCAGUUAUUUUGGGAUUACUUUUCCCUUAAGAGGCAUUAGAAGAAGACAAAAAGGAUCCAGCAAAUGCAUUUGGUGACAUCAUAGUGAUCUCUGUCUUGUGACUCGCUCAGUUGGAACAAACUUACACUUUUUCACAGAGAAAGCAGAAAGGUGUCAUAAUAUAAUUUUUUAUGCUAACACUGUUCUAAAUUAAAAAAGUAAUCAUCUAGUUUUUCAAAAGUAUUUGUAAUCUGAUUACAAUAUUUUUGCUUGUACCGUAACUGAUUACAGUUACAGUUUAAAAAAAAGAUCAGAUUACAUUUAAAUCAGUUACUCCCCAACCCUGUACGCAGGUACAGUGGGGAAAAAAAGUAUUUAGUCAGCCACCAAUUGUGCAAGUUCUCCCACUUAAAAAGAUGAGAGAGGCCUGUAAUUUUCAUCAUAGGUACACGUCAACUAUGACAGACAAAAUGAGAAAAAAACUUCCAGAUAAUCACAUUGUAUGAUAUUUAAUGAAUUUAUUUGCAAAUUAUGGUGGAAAAUAAGUAUUUGGUCAAUAACAAAAGUUUCUCAAUACUUUGUUAUAUACCCUUUGUUGGCAAUGACACAGGUCAAACGUUUUCUGUAAGUCUUCACAAGGUUUUCACACACUGUUGCUGGUAUUUUGGCCCAUUCCUCCAUGCAGAUCUCCUCUAGAGCAGUGAUGUUUUGGGGCUGUCGCUGGGCAACACGGACUUUCAACUCCCUCCAAAGAUUUUCUAUGGGGUUGAGAUCUGGAGACUGGCUAGGCCACUCCAGGACCUUGAAAUGCUUCUUAUGAAGCCACUCCUUCGUUGCCCGGGCGGUGUGUUUGGGAUCAUUGUCAUGCUGAAAGACCCAGCCACGUUCCAUCUUCAAUGCCCUUGCUGAUGGAAGGAGGUUUUCACUCAAAAUCUCACGAUACAUGGCCCCAUUCAUUCUUUCCUUUACACGGAUCAGUCGUCCUGGUCCCUUUGCAGAAAAACAGCCCCAAAGCAUGAUGUUUCCACCCCCAUGCUUCACAGUAGGUAUGGUGUUCUUUGGAUGCAACUCAGCAUUCUUUGUCCUCCAAACACGACGAGUUGAGUUUUUACCAAAAAGUUCUAUUUUGGUUUCAUCUGACCAUAUGACAUUCUCCCAAUCCUCUUCUGGAUCAUCCAAAUGCACUCUAGCAAACUUCAGACGGGCCUGGACAUGUACUGGCUUAAGCAGGGGGACACGUCUCGCACUGCAGGAUUUGAGUCCCGGCGGCGUAGUGUGUUACUGAUGGUAGGCUUUGUUACUUUGGUCCCAGCUCUCUGCAGGUCAUUCACUAGGUCCCCGCGUGUGGUUCUGGGAUCUUGUGAUCAUUUUGACCCCACGGGGUGAGAUCUUGCGUGGAGCCCCAGAUCGAGGGAGAUUAUCAGUGUUCUUGUAUGUCUUCCAUUUCCUAAUAAUUGCUCCCACAGUUGAUUUCUUCAAACCAAGCUGCUUACCUAUUGCAGAUUCAGUCUUCCCAGCCUGGUGCAGGUCUACAAUUUUGUUUCUGGUGUCCUUUGACAGCUCUUUGGUCUUGGCCAUAGUGGAGUUUGGAGUGUGACUGUUUGAGGUUGUGGACAGGUGUCUUUUAUACUGAUAACAAGUUCAAACAGGUGCCAUUAAUACAGGUAACGAGUGGAGGACAGAGGAGCCUCUUAAAGAAGAAGUUACAGGUCUGUGAGAGCCAGAAAUCUUGCUUGUUUGUAGGUGACCAAAUACUUAUUUUCCACCAUAAUUUGCAAAUAAAUUCAUAAAAAAUCCUACAAUGUGAUUUUCUGGAUAGUUUUUUCUCAAUUUGUCUGUCAUAGUUGACGUGUACCUAUGAUGAAAAUUACAGGCCUCUCUCAUCUUUUUAAGUGGGAGAACUUGCACAAUUGGUGGCUGACUAAAUACUUUUUUCCCCCACUGUAUAUGCCAUUAUGUUUCAGUGGGCAUUGCAUAUACUCACUUCUUAAUCCCCACAAUGCAUAUAAAAGUAUCGUAGUGGAGGUAUAGGCCAUAUCAAUGAAUAAGGCUGAUGGAACGGAUCAGAAUGUUUCGCUUCAAAUGUUGAUAAACUAUUAUUUCUUCACCUUUUCAGUGCAGUGAUGUGCACACAGUGGUAGGCCUAUGCGCCAAUGUUCCAAAAGGCAAUUUGCGGGAAAACACUGUUCUACUGCACAUGCAAACGGUUUCAUGAUGGGAACAUCGUUAGAAAUAUAGAAAGAGGGGAGAUGCAACAACUAUCAUGGGUUGCUAAUAUGACUACGAUACCUUUGGCUACUCGACAGUGAAAGAAAGUUGAAAGAAAACCAAUAGAACAGGAGAACGCAUAAUAGCAUAAUUGCCUCCACGUUUCUAUGGUGGGAUUUUGGCUAAUGGCUACUUUGAAGCAAGUUAAGACAUGCCUCAUAAUAUGAAUUAAAGCGUCCAGGUUUCAAACAAUUAAGGAACAGGAAAAUAUAGCAAUGCUAAUGAUAGGCCUAACCAUCUUCUGGUAGAUGGAAAAGCCUUCCCAAAAACAUUCAUUAAAUGUUAAUGUGCUACAAAGUAGUCUAUGCUUGCUUGGCAGAAUGAUAUAAUGAUUAUUUGCAUGAAUCCAUGAAUCUCAUGUGCUACAGAAACACUGCUAACCAAACAACAGUGCUAGGUGCCUGCACUACAUUUAUUAGAUUUUUCCCAGCCCUCAAAAGUGGUCUCCUGAUGUGGUUUAACCAUAUUGUUGUGGACUUCGAACAUUGAAUUUUAUUGUUUUUCAACAACAAAAAAGUGUGACAGAGCGAAAACCUAAAUAAAUAAAAGACAACAACAACCUGUGAAUUUCUGACUCAUUUAUCUGUUUCAAUAGUAGGCCUACUAUUAGCCCACUUACACAGUACAGUACAGCUUGGGUUGGCCUGACUGUGAAAGACCAAUAUACAGUGAGGGAAAAAAGUAUUUGAUCCCCUGCUGAUUUUGUACGUUUACCCACUGACAAAGACAUGAUCAGUCUAUCAUUUUAAUGGUAGGUUUAUUUGAACAGUGAGAGACAGAAUAACAAUACAAAAAUCCAGAAAAACGCAUGUCAAAAAUGUUAUAAAUUGAUUUGCAUUUUAAUGAGGGAAAUAAGUAUUUGACCCCUUUGCAAAACAUGACUUAGUACUUGGUGGCAAAACCCUUGUUGGCAAUCACAGAGGUCAGACGUUUCUUGUAGUUGGCCACCAGGUUUACACACAUCUCAGGAGGGAUUUUGUCCCACUCCUCUUUGCAGAUCUUCUCCAAGUCAUUAAGGUUUCGAGGCUGACGUUUGAAAACUCAAACCUUCAGCUCCCUUCACAGAUUUUCUAUGGGAUUAAGGUCUGGAGACUGGCUAGGCCACUCCAGGACCUUAAUGUGCUUCUUCUUGAGCCACUCCUUUGUUGCCUUGGCCGUGUGUUUUUAGUCAUUGUCAUGCUGGAAUACCCAUCCACGACCCAUUUUCAAUGCCCUGGCUGAGGGAAGAAGGUUCUCACCAAGAUUUGACGGUACAUGGCCCCGUCCAUCGUCCCUUUGAUGCGGUGAAGUUGUCCUGUCCCCUUAGCAGAAAAACACCCCCAAAGCAUAAUGUUUCCACCUCCAUGUUUGACGGUGAGGAUGGUGUUCUUGGGGUCAUUCCUCCUCCUCCAAACACGCCGAGUUGAGUUGAUGCCAAAGAGCUCGAUUUUGGUCUCAUCUGACCACAACACUUUCACCCAGUUCUCCUCUGAAUCAUUCAGAUGUUCAUUGGCAAACUUCAGACGGGCCUGUAUAUGUGCUUUCUUGAGCAGGGGGACCUUGCGGGCGCUGCAGGAUUUCAGUCCUUCACGGCGUAGUUUGUUACCAAUUGUUUUCUUGGUGACUAUGGUCCCAGCUGCCUUGAGAUCAUUGACAAGAUCCUCCCGUGUAGUUCUGGGCUGAUUCCUCACCGUUCUUAUGAUCAUUGCAACUCCAUGAGGUGAGAUCUUGCAUGGAGCCCCAGGCCGAGGGAGAUUGACAGUUCUUUUGUGUUUCUUCCAUUUGCGAACAAUCGCACCAACUGUUGUCACCUUCUCACCAAGCUGCUUGGCGAUGGUCUUGUAGCCUAUUCCAGCCUUGUGUAGGUCUACAAUCUUGUCCCUGACAUCCUUGGAGAGCUCUUUGGUCUUGGCCAUAGUGGAGAAUUUGGAAUCUGAUUGAUUGAUUGCUUCUGUGGACAGGUGUCUUUUAUACAGGUAACAAGCUGAGAUUAGGAGAAUUUAAGAGUGUGCUCCUAAUCUCAGCUCAUUACCUGUAUAAAAGACACCUGGGAGACAGAAAUCUUCCUGAUUGAGAGGGGGUCAAAUACUUAUUUCCCUCAUUAAAAUGCAAAUCAAUUUAUAACAUUUUUGACAUGCGUUUUUCUGGAUUUUUUUGUUGUUAUUCUCUCUCUCACUGUUCAAAUAAACCUACCAUUAAAAUUAUAGACUGAUCAUUUCUUUGUCAGUGGGCAAACGUACAAAAUCAGCAGGGGAUCAAAUACUUUUCUCCAGUAUGCACCACUACACCACCGCCUCUGAUUCUCACUUUUACCUUUGCUUUACAACAUUGGUCACUUUUAAUUCACGUCACAUUCCUCUGUAUCUAUGGGCCGUAGCAACACGGCAGCAAAAUAUAGAACUAAGAAAAUAUUAUCCAUCAUUAAAGAGAAGUGAUGCUUUACACUUUAAAAUCACAGCCACUAAUUUGCAUUUCCACCAGUCAUAGACAAAUGGCGAGUGGCAGUAUGCUGCCAUCGGUCGUUGCCAAAGGAAAGUCUAAUUAGUAGAUAUUAUACACCAGGACUGUGCCCCAAAUGGCACCCUAUUCCCUACAUAGUGCACUACUUUUGACCAAAGCCUUAUGGGCCCUGCCCUGGUGUAAAGUAGUGCACUAUAAAGAGAAUAGGGUGCCAUUUGGGACACAGGUUGUCACCUCAGAUAGAUACUGUAGAUAAAUAAUGAAAGCGAAACUGACAGGCCACUCAUCUCUCGUUCCCUCGUUCUCUUUCCCCUGGUACUAAUUAAAGACAGAGGGGCUGAUGAGGAGAAGAGGAAAAGAAAAGGUGUAGGAUAA